UCAAUCUGGCUUCGGCACAAGAAAGUGGGGUUUUGAUAUUUUGCUUGACGCUAGUGCUUCUACGGCUUUGUGUUCCUGUCGGUGCGGCUCGAAACAACUUCCUUCGGCACGAUGAUGCUUUACCGAAGGGAUGCACUUGGACCGGUGCGGUACUGGAAGUUUCGCAGGAGAAAAGGUCCGAUGAGUUGCAAUGCAAAAUUAAAACCAUAACCAAGACCGAAAGUCUGCUGACUAAUAUAAGUAGUUAUCAAAUUGAUAGGAUUAAAUCACUGAAACUAGAAUGUAACGACAUAAUGUUCUUUGAAAGUUCCUUAGAAUCGACAACAACACCCGGAAACUUUUUGGGUAACCUAAACGGUUUGCUGAGGCUGUCGAUUGAUUAUUGCAAAAUUAAAUACAUCCCAGCAAUGGCAUUUUCUAACAUGAAAGUACUGAAGAGUCUUACCCUAAGUACGCACAACGUGGAUUGGUCUGUGAUGAACCUAGAACUGCACCCGGAGAGUUUCCGAGGACUAACCGAGCUUAAAGAGAUCCACUUGGCGGAUAAUAAUAUCUGGAGUCUGCCGAAUGAAGUGUUUUGUCCACUGUACACCUUGAAAGUACUCAAUUUGACGGGGAACAGGCUCAGCGAUAUUUCCCAGCUGGGUCUGUCUGACUGGGGCAAAGGACCCAUUGCGCCAGGAAAAGCAUGCAAUACUGGUCUAGAAGUGCUUGAUCUUUCCGGCAACGAUAUUACGUUGAUGGCUGAUAAUGGCCUGUCAGCACUGCGGUCUUUGAACGCACUACAUUUGCAGGACAACUUGCUGAAAGAAAUAGCUGACCGAGCGUUUGUAGGCCUUGGGACGUUGGAGAUUUUAAAUCUUUCCAACAAUAAACUGACCGCACUCACUCCGGAAUUAUUCCUAUCGUCUAGAAAAAUCCGACAAGUGCAUCUGCAAAAUAAUUCUCUCUCAGUGCUAGCACCGGGCGUAUUCGAAGGCUUAGACCGACUGGAAACGUUAGACCUUUCCCGGAAUCAACUCACCUCGACGUGGAUAAAGAGAGACACGUUUGCCGGCCAAGUGCGCCUAGUGGUACUCAAUCUGGGUCACAAUCACCUAUCCAAAGUAGACCAGCACGUGUUUAAGGGUCUGUAUAGCUUGCAAAUACUGAACUUGGAACAUAACGCCAUAGAGCUCAUAGCGGAUGGUGCAUUCAGUGAUUUGAAAAAUUUGCAUGCCCUUUUUCUGUCGCACAACCGGUUGCGUCAGAUUGAGCCGUACCAUUUCAGUGAGCUUUAUGUCCUCAACCAGCUCAUACUGGAAUCGAAUCAGAUAGCGUACAUUCACGAACGUGCCUUCGAAAAUCUGACCCACCUGCACGAUCUCAGUCUGAACGAUAACCGGCUCGAGGAAAUACCUUCCGGGAUGAAAAGUUUAAAAUUUUUGCAAUCAUUGGAUCUCGGAAAAAAUCAGAUAACGGAAAUAAAUAAUUCCUCCUUCGAGGGUUUGGAGGAACUGAUGGGACUGCGGCUGGUGGAUAAUCAAAUAACGGAGAUUUCGAGGGAUACGUUCUUCGCAUUGUCCACAAUUCACGUGUUGAAUCUCGCCAGCAAUCGGAUACGGCACGUGGACCAGUCGGCGUUCAGCUCUAAUCCCACACUGCGGGCUAUUCGGCUCGACAACAACGAACUGGAGGACGUUGCCGGAGUUUUCACAUCGCUUACAUCGCUGGUAUAUUUGAAUAUUUCCGACAACAACAUUGGCUGGUUCGAUUAUUCACACUACCCACAGUCCCUGGAGUGGUUGGAUAUACACAAGAACAAUAUCUCGGAGCUGGGAAACCGAUAUGAUGUGGGAAAUUGGUUCCAGCUGAAAAUGUUGGACGUCUCGCAUAAUCGCAUAAAACACAUCAACUCGAGUUCGUUCCCAAAAAACAUUGAAACCCUUCUGCUGAACAACAAUUUGAUCGAAGAAAUUACCCCCGAGACAUUCGCCAACAAGGAGAACCUGGUGAAGGUGGUACUGUACGGUAAUCACUUGCGUCGGCUGGAAAUGUCCUCGUUGGCACUGACGCUCGUUCCGGACACACGGACAAUGCCGGAGUUUUAUAUUGGCGAUAAUUUAGUACACUGCGAUUGCAGCAUGGAAUGGUUACAACGUAUCAACGAGUUGAGUUAUCUUCGACAGUACCCGCAGGUGAAAGAUUUGGACUCGGUUAUGUGCACGAUGGAACACGAAAGGGGAGAGCUGGUGCGGCCACUGAUGGAAAUGAAGGCCAGUGAGUUUCUAUGCAAAUAUGAGAGCCAUUGUUUUGCUACGUGCCAUUGCUGUGAUUUCGACGCCUGUGAUUGCAAGAUGACAUGCCCGGAUCGGUGCAGUUGCUACCAUGACACGGCCUGGGAAUCGAACAUUGUAGAUUGUGGCAGUGCUGGCCUGACAUCGGUACCGGCGAAAAUCCCUAUGGAUGCUACAGACAUUUAUCUUGAUGGCAAUAACUUUGGCCAACUGGAAAGCCAUGUUUUCAUUGGAAAGAAGAAGCUCAAGUCGCUUUACUUAAACAACAGCCACGUCGGUGCGGUGAAUAAUAAGACCUUUGGAGGGAUCCCGGCACUUGCUGUGCUUCAUCUGGAAAACAAUGGGCUGGAGCAAAUUAGUGGUGCCGAGUUCGAACAGUUGCGGGAAUUGAAGGAGCUCUAUCUGGACCAUAACGCCAUCAGUUCCAUCGGUAACAAAUCGUUCUAUUAUCAGAAAUCGUUGGAAGUGCUCACGAUUAGUGACAAUAAACUCGGUGAAUUCAAGCCCUGGGAAUUGAUGCCACUGGGCGGCACGUUCCGGCUAAUCUCGUUAAGUGGCAAUAAACUGAGCUGUGCUUGUGACUCGUUGGGAAAACUAGUGGAGUGGGCCGAGCGGCAGUUUAACGAUACGAAUGAGCUAAGUGAAUUUCAGUGUUCGAAUAAUAAAUUAGUAAAGGACGCGGCAAAGGAAUGCGAGAGCCAUAAGAGUGCCCCGAUUGCGACACCGACCGUGCAAAGGACGAUUAUUGAUAAUGAUUUUAUAGACUACUUGCCACUGUUGAUUGCCGUGCUAGCCGGACUAGUGCUGACGAUUCUGAUAGUGACGCUAGUGUUCAUUUUUCGGAACGACGUUUGCUUGUGGGCACACUCCCGGUACGGGGUGAGAAUUUGUAAGGAUCCGCUCAGUGCAAUGGAACGGUGUGAGGAUAAUGAGAAACUGUACGACGGCUAUCUUAUCUACAGCGCCGCCGAUGCCGAUGUGGUAACUAGUCAGAUAGCACAAGAGCUGGAACAUAAUGGUCAUGCCCUUUGUUUACAUUAUCGUGACAUUCAUUCUGCCGCAUUUUUGGCCGAUUCGCUGCAAGGUGCGGCGGAUGCUUCUCGUAAACUGAUUCUGUUUGUUAGUGUUAAAUUUAUGCAACUGGAGUGGUCUCAGCCAGAGUUCCGAGCCGGAUUGCAAGCGGUUCUGGAACUGAUUCGGCCAUCUCGGCGGAAACAGAAGCUUAUCCUGAUCACAUCGGUGCCUCAGUCGAUGCUCUCGUUGGAUCCCAUUAUGGACAUUCUCACACGAACCUGCACCGUGAUUGCGUGGGACGACCGUCGUUUCUGGGACAAACUUCGUUUUGCCAUGCCGGACAUAGGCAAAAAUUCUUCUGUGAAUAAGGCACCUCAUCGCAAAGCCAUCAAUAUCCGGUACACACCGGCACCAACGAAUCCCUCAGCACCGAUUCCGACGUGGCCGAAGAGGCUUAAUUCGGAGGUAUGCGUUCAAUACCCUCCUCAGCCGCCACGUUCUCCAAACCAGAGUACUUACAACACAGAGGAUGAACAUUCAACUGCUUCGUCGCCGCAGUACGAGGCACCGUCGCUUCAUCACGCAGGAGGUCACGCAAUGACCACUCCAUUUCACCAUCACCAUCACCACCACCAUCCGGCAAUGCCUCACCUGACGGGACCACUGCCGUCACAUCACAUUCCACUGCAGUCCACGCAGCCGAACCAAUCGGCACACCUGCAAACCUAUCCCCAUCCCAUGCAUCAUCAUGGGGGUGGCACAGGAGGUGGCAGUACUACAGGAGCUCCCGUAGGGUACUACCGCACCAGUAAGUCCAACAAUACCAACACAUUGGGCCACGUGUACUCUACCAUCCCGGAGUCCCAGUAUAAUACGCACCACUCCAACUCCAAUCGUAGCGACAGUAAUCGACCGUACUUUGUGUAAUAUUUAAUCUACAUUUAGCUCAUUUCGAAAUUUACUUUUUCGCUCUCUGUCUCACUCAUUCGUACUCGCUUCAAUAGAAAUCACUAUAAACGUGGAAAAUGUGUAUAAAAAUUGUUCACUACUAGUAGGUUAGGUCAAACAAAACAGAACGAAACAAGAAAGACUUAUUUGGUUAGGAACCUACUUCCUCUCGAGCUGCCUCUCUUUCUAUUUGACGAAUUCAUUUGCCAAUUUUGAAGUAACUAUUUCUUCAUCUGCUCGUACUGAAGCAAAACAAAAAUUAAGUAUAGUUAACCGGCGGCUCAAGUCACCACUAAAUAAUGCAGAUUCUCAACAUAAUCGGACUGUUUGUUGAUUUGUUUUAAUUGAAAGUGACUGACCGGCUAGUUGGCUUUCUAUCAACAGCACAGAACAUCGAAAAGAUGCAGGAUGGAGCACGCUUCAAUUACGCCCAAUGCAAAAGGGUCGCGCUCCGAACAAAGGCCCCCAUUAUGCUGAGACGGCUGCCACUGCUUAAGGCGGCUAAAGUUAUUUACUUAUCAGCUCCAGCAGCAAACAUCAACAGUCCAUUGCGUGUAGCGCGGAAAGCACUUACGAUUGAUUGGGCGGCACUUCUAUUUUUAGUUGUUGUUUUGUUUCUGGAGCUGAACAUUGAUGGGCUGCCAACAUUGAGAACGUAAACAAUGCUCUAUGUAGGACAAUAAUUUUUGACAGGUUGCAAUGAACUGUCAUGUUCGGUAGGAAACCAACUGAUUACAGUUGGUGAUAACAUGGACAUUUUGAUGUCCGAGCUGGUGAGACCUUGGACUCGAAUGCGAGUUGAUAGCCGAUAUGAUAAGAAACGCGAUGUCUUGAGAGCUGUUAUGACACUAUGGUUUAAGAAACGUACUGCGACAAAUUACUGAUACAUGAUGAAUUGGUUAUUGUUUAGUAGACAGUUAUGUUUGUUUGAAGGUGAGGUUCAAUUAGCUGCGUAAGGCGAGGUUUGGCAAGUGCGAUAAGCUCUAAUUGAGUGCAAAGAAAUCAUCAUCGACUGAAUACUGUAACUCGGCAAAACUAUACUCGUCUGAAGUUGCGUUAAUUGAAUUUUUUGAAGCCGUUCUUAGUUUAAUCAAUCAACUACAGAAUCAUACCACAGAAAAACAAAUUAGGAUUGCAUUAUUAUUAGGUAACCCAAAAUAGUGUUGAACACAAAACGCAGCGUACUGUAAAUUAAAUUCGUGUGUUAAUUUAUCUAUCAAUGGAAUUUUUUUUUAAAUCAAUACUAUCGAUGCAGGGUCUUUCCAACUGUCCUGAAAAAAGAAUUUUUUUGUUUAUGAGCCAAUGCGACUUGUGGUUUGGGAACAGAUAAUAGUCCAAGGGAGCCAAAUUUGGUGAUUAAGGUGGAUGGAGAAGAUGAAGAAGUCUUGAAUUUAGACAAGGUUGCGAUGCCGACGAAUUGUCUUGUAAUAAACACUUUUUGUUCAUUUCAUGUCAGGUCAUUACGCAGUGAUUUCGGCUUCCAAUCGCUCCAAUAACUCGCAGUUAAACUAGCUCUCGAUGUUUUCUUUUCUUUUGUGAGGAAGUGUUUAUCUGUUACUGACAACGUACUAACGACAAUUCCAAUGCGAAUCAAAAUAUUAAUAAAUGAUUAACAACGAAAAAGAGUAAAAUAAACCAAAUUCGAAUGCAAAUCAAAAUAUCGGAAUAAAUCCUGUUCCCCGAGGAUUCGUGCACUAUUUCUGGCCUUUUUAAUCGAAAUGGAUCUAUGAACAUAGCAUUAUUUUUCGUGGUUUUCAACGAUUAACGAAAAAAUAGACUGAAACAACAGAUCGAAGGUUCUGCUAGCUUUGUCUGGAAAGAUUCCGUUAGAAACAACGUUGAGUGAAAUUUCGUACUGGUCACGGUUGUUACUUUAUUUCUAGCCAAAAUUUUGACAAUCAUCUACCCGGUAAAAGUCCAGAGCAUCGAUGAGUUUUCAACGUAGAAUCCACUACAAGUGUUGAAUGUUCGAAGUCAUACUGGGGAGAGGAUAUCCCGCAUGAAAAAUAUUGUGGAAAAAUUGCAGUGUUUAAUGAUAAAAACCAACAAUACAUCGUAUUGCAUUUGAACCCAAUAGUUCUGACAGUUAAUCUAUUGUAUUGAGCUUCAAAAAUGUAUUACUGUGUAUAAAAUGUUUCUGCCUCAAAAAGAAUAAUUUAUAUUUCAUGUUUUGAUAACGAAAAAAAAAUAUUUUCGAAGCAUUUUAGCAAAAAGAAUUUAUGUAUUUGUGGUAAUUGAAAUUAUAUGUGAACUGCACACAUGGCUAUUUUCUAAACAAAAUGUAUUUUUAAGAGAAAUAGAUAUUUACAAUUCAUUGACCAUUUCAUAUUAAUGCAUUAAAUAUGUUUCUGUGUACACUGUGAAAUUUUGAAUGGUUUUACAAUUAAAAAAAAAGCGCGUGAAUGAUGUCACAGACAUAACUGGAUGACGUCAAUACGAUAAUCGUUCGUUCAGUUGAUUGUGCGAAUUUUGCAACUUUUACUUAUUUGCUUCCGGAAUUGUAACGGGGCAGUUACAAUUAAAGAUUAACUUAUUGGCGACAAAUAUUUUCUACCACACAGUUAAAUAACAUGGAACAAAUGAGAGCAAAAUAUAACAACAUACAGAAUUUGGAUGUCGAUUUUUUCAUUUCGGAUUUGCAUAUUUAAGUGAAAGAAAAUGCUGUAUGGGAUUUAUUUCUGGCAUUCAGAAGGACCAUAUGUUCGGAGCAUUUUUCUCGAACGCGAUGCAAACAAAUGCUGGCUUUAUUCGCACACGUUUGGUGUGAAUUUCGCACAGAGAAAAUUGUACAAAGGUAAAUAUAUUGUUCUAGAUUUGCAUUAAUCUGAUGGUUUUUACCUCCGAUUUGCAAAGAAGCAAUAUUUAUAGUUCUUUCAAUAACAUUUCGAACCAUUAGAAGAGCUGAUUUUGCAUAACGUUCCCCGUCGUUGUUCAGCUUUUUUUUAUUGUAUUUUGCUCCAAUGCAAAAUACCAGCAGCAGAAUGACGCAAUCGGUCUCCUUUGAAGGGAAACUGUCUCUGCGAACGUCCCGCAAUUGAUUCAAUAGGGAACUGAAUUCUUGAAACUGGAACGCAAGUUCUGGACCAGAAUCAACCGUUCAAAACAUAAACAGGCUCAAAAUUCAUUUGUAAUUUAGUUCUGGAACUGAACUCUCAACUGGAAUUCCGAAACUGAAUUUAGCUCCGAAUUCCAGUUCCAGAAUACUGGAACUAGCAUGCAUGUUCUGAAUUGUGGAACUAAAUUCUGUAGCAGAAUUUUGAAACUGAACUCUAAGUUUGAAAUUAAGUAUAGAAAAAAUUCAGGUGGACUAGAUUAGAUUCGGAAUUCAUUCAUAGAAAUCAAUUCAAAAUCUAGCUCCCAAAUCCAGGUCCAGUAUUCAGCAGCUGGGUGUUUGAGGUUUUGCACCACGCAUUGCAGGCAAGCGUGAUGAAUUUUCCUCAUCAUUUUUUUUCCAAAGUUUUUGAGUUAUUUAUAGUUAUCUCACGCUGUUGAAAAUUGAAUCACAAAUUCCUGAUCAUAUUUCCGAUAGCUUGUAGAAAAAAUUAUGUUGUUGGGUUAGGCACAACCAGUGUUGGUGAUUGCCGAAAAAUUGACAGAAGCUGCUAUAUUGCUACACCCAAACCUCCGUUUACGAACACUUUUUAUACGUAACCUCUUUUUACGUACCUCUUUUUACGAACCAAAUCCCAAAUAACGUAAACUUUUUUUACGAACCAAAUCCCAAAUAACGUAAACUUUUUUUACGAAAGUGAUUUCCGACUCCAUGGAAACUACUACAAUAUUGGUAUUUUUGGAACGGGUUUAAGGAGUAGAUUCCGGAAAAUGAUGUUUGACAUAUUUUGGAAAUCCAAGAUGGCGACUUCCGGUUGAUUGAUAUUCCUUGAAAACCCAUACAAUAUGGGUAUUUUCGGAACGGAAUUGAUGAGUAGAUGUCAGAAAACGAUGUUUGAGGUAGUUUUGAAAUUCAAGAUGGCGACUUCCGGUUUGUUAAUAUUCCUCGAAAACCCUUACGAUAUGGGUAUUUUCGGAACGGGGUUAAUGAGUAGAUGUCCGAAAAUGAUGUUUGAGGUGGUUCUGAAAUCCAAUAUGGCGACUUCCGGUUUGUUGAUAUUCCUUGAAAACCCAUACAAUAUAGGUAUUUUCGGAACGGAAUUGAUGAGUAGAUGUCAGAAAAUAAUGUUUGAGGUAGUUUUGAAAUUCAAGAUGGCGACUUCCGGUUUGUUAAUAUUCCUCGAAAACCCUUACGAUAUGGGUAUUUUCGGAACGGGGUUAAUGAGUAGAUGUCCGAAAAUGAUGUUUGAGGUGGUUCUGAAAUCCAAUAUGGCGACUUCCGUUUUUUUGAUAUUCCUUGAAAACCCAUACAAUAUGGGUAUUUUCGGAACGGUAUAGUGUUUUAAAGGAAUAAAGAGUUAAAGGAAAAUGGCAAAAACUUUCAAAAGAUAAUCAACCGGAAGUCACUGUUUUGUAUUUCAAGACCACCUCAUAUAUAAUUUUCCGACGUCUACUUUUAAAUCUCUUUCCGAAAGUACCCAUAUUGUAAGGGGUUUCAGGGAAUAUCAACAAAUCGGAAGUUACCAUCUUGGAUUCAAGAACCACCUCAAACAUCGUGUUCUGACAACUAAUCAUCAAUCCCGUUCCGAAAAUACCCAUAUUGUAUGGGUUUUCAAGGAAUAUCAAGAAACCGGAAGUUGCCAUCUUGGAACUAAGAACCACCUCAAACAUUGUUUUCUGACAUCUACUCAUCAAUCCCGUUCUGAAAAUACCCAUUAUGUAAGGGUUUUCAAGGAAUAUCAAGAAACCGGAUGACACCAUAUUGGAUGUCAGAACCACCUCAAACAUCGUUUUCUGAUAUCUACUCAUCAAUCCCGUUCCGAAAAUAUCCAUAUUGUAAGGGUUUUCAAGGAAUAUCAACAAACCGGAAGUAGCAAUCUUGGAUUUCAGAACCACUUCAAACAUCAUUUUCCGACAUCUACUCAUUAAACCCGUUUAAAAAAUACCCAUAUUGUAAGGGUUUUCAAGGAAUAUCAACAAACCGGAAGUAGCCAUCUUGAAUUUCAAAACUACUUCAAACAUCGUUUUCUGACAUCUACUCAUCAAUUCCGUUCCGAAAAUACCCAUAAUGCAAGGGUUUUCAAGGAAUAUCAACAAACCGUCGCCAUCUUGAAUUUCAAAACUACCUCAAAAAUUGUUUUCUGAUAUCUACUCAUUAACCCCGUUCCGAAAAUACCCAUAUUGCAAGUGUUUUGAAGGAAUAUCAACAAACCGGAAGUCGCCAUCUUGAAUUUCAAAACUACCUCAAAAAUCGUUUUCUGAUAUCUACUCAUUAACCCCGUUCCGAAAAUACCCAUAUUUCAAGGGUUUUCAAGGAAUAUCAAUAAACCGGAAGUCGCCAUCUUGAAUUUCAAAACCACCUCAAACAACGUUUUCUGACAUCUACUCAUCAAUUCCGUUCCGAAAAUACCCAUAUUGCAAGGGUUUUCAAGAAAUAUCAACAAACCGGAAGUCGCCAUCUUGAAUUUCAAAACUACCUCAAACAUCGUUUUCAGACAUCUACUCAUCAAUUCCGUUCCGAAAAUACCCAUAUUGCAAGGGUUUUCAAGGAAUAUCAACAAACCGGAAGUCGCCAUCUUGAAUUUCAAAACUACCUCAAACAUCGUUUUCUGAUACAUACUCAUUAACCCCGUUCCGAAAAUACCCAUAUUGCAAGGGUUUUCAAGGAAUAUCAAUAAACCGGAAGUCGCCAUCUUGAAUUUCAAAACCACCUCAAACAACGUUUUCUGACAUCUACUCAUCAAUUCCGUUCCGAAAAUACCCAUAUUGCAAGGGUUUUCAAGAAAUAUCAACAAACCGGAAGUCGCCAUCUUGAAUUUCAAAACUACCUCAAACAUCGUUUUCUGACAUCUACUCAUCAAUUCCGUUCCGAAGAUACCCAUAUUGUUAGGGGUUUUAGGCAAUCUCAAUAAACCGGAAGCCGCCAUCUUGGAUUUUGAAACGAACCCAAACAUCAUUUUCUUGCACUUACUCUUCACAUCCGUUCCGAAAAUAAACAUAUGAUGCGCGGUUUCCACAAUAAUCACACAAAACUUUUUUUACGAACCAAAUCCCAAAUAAAGUAAACUUUUUGUACGAACCAAAUCCCAAAUAACGUAAACUUUUUUUACGAACCAAAUCCCAAAUAACGUAAACUUUUUUUACGAACCAAAUCCCAAAUAACGUAAACUUUUUUUACGAACUACCUCUUUUUACGAACCCCCGUUUAGUUCGUAAAUGGAGGUUUCGGUGUAUCUAUAUUGUAUACAACAUUUUCAAUCCGGUAGAAGAUGCUACAAGAACUCGAGUCUCUUAAUGCAUUAAACGGUGAGAGAAUUUUGUUACAUUUCUUCGCUCCACUUUAUACUCUGAGUAUUCCACGCCCUUAAAAGAAAUUUGCAGUCUGAUAAUGAUCGUUGCUGUGUGGAAUUUCCCAAGAGAGUUGACAAUUAUCGCAGAAAAUCGAAUCGAUAAUUCAACUUGAUGAUUCUCAUACUAGGUUGCAAUAUUUCAAAACCCUUGUGUGGAGCAUUCACAGACAUUUUCAUAGACACAACUUAUACAAAGGUUAUAUGCACACAGUUAGAAUAAGCGGCAAUAGUAAAAUGAUUCUAUCGCAAUUAUCAACUGCCUAUAUAGAAUCAGAUCGCGAAACGAGAAUAAGCGACCGUUUGUUGCUUCAGAGAGGAUCCCCACAGCAGCGUGCUAACCUUCGAUUCUCAGCCAUGCCGGGUAUCCGUCUCUCUUUGAUGGCACUGAUUCAAUCAUGUGAAGAGUUGCCAGUGAGCGCUCUUUGAUACGACAAAAGCCAUUCUUGGGCACAACGAAAGAUUUUCACGUUUGAUUUCUACCCAUUCCCAUUGUACAGAGUAAAUUUUGGAAAGGCGCCUCAUAGUAAAGUAAGUCGUAUUCACGACAAAACAUAUUGUUUUUACAUCAUUUCAUUGCUCGGGAUGUCAGAUACACUGUCUACUUGGAUUCAAUUUUUAAGCUCCGCUCGUAGGGUCAGGGAAGACAAAAAUUUUAAUUUUGAAUUAUUUGUGAUUAUGUCAUACAACUGAAAAUGUUCCAGAUCGGGGUUCGAAAAAACGACAAUUAGCUUGUUAGACCAACUCUCAGAAAUGAUACCCAAAUAAUUAAUAAUCAUCACACCAAUGUCAUAUAUUUUAUUUAUAUGCAGAUAGAGAGUUGUAGCUGAAGACCCAUUAGUCAUACGUGCUACUAUGAAGCUGCAAAUUCAGCAGUAAUAAUGCAGAGACCAAUCACUUGACUUCUACAUUGAUAAUGUUAAAGUUUUCUUUCAUUGCUUACAACAAAUUUGGCUCAAAUUCAUCUUUUCUCAUUUCUCAUAACGGAACUGAUAUGGAAAUAAAGGAAAAUUAAAACAAUUACUGUUCAGAACUGUUAUUGUUUAUCUGUAAUGAGAUGAUGAUUACCAUUUGAAGGUAUUUAUUGCUGAUUGUUGUUUUACCCGCGUUUUUUUUUUACGGGGGUAAUGUACCUUAUUAUUUUUGUUGAAAUGCUGCUUCUUCCAUUUGAACCAUACCAUACAUACCCAAGUGCCGUGAAACUUGUCCAAUUUAAAUCUCAUGCACAUUUUGUUCAGGGGCUGUCCAUAAAAGACGUCACGUCGCAAGGGGGAGGGGGGUGUUUCAUAAAACGUGACCUUUUGUGACAGGGGGGAGGGGGGGAGGUUUUUGGAAUGUGACGUCCAAUAUUUUCAAUGAGCGCAUUUUUGAAAUACCUGAUUAUAUUACUACUUUGCCCUAUUCCCUGAAAAAAUCUCGACAAUAAACGUUUACAUUCUAUAGGAAAACGUGUAUUUGUUGAUGUAAAAGCUUCUUCUUGUAAAUUCGGAAAUGAGUGAUGCAGGAAAUCAUUUCUGUUGUGAUCAGCAAAAGUGCACGGAGGAGCGAGUAAAUUAGCGAAAUUAAUAAAUUUUGCCAAAUAUGAGUAAAAAAGAAAAAGAUGCCUUCAAACGGUUUAACUUAAGUUAGGCACGGACAAUUUUUUCAGUAAUUUGAUUUUCUAGCAUUGAUAAUAGUAUAUCAUAAGAAUUUCUCUUAUCUGAUUCUGAUGCAGUUUAUUCAAUUGUACUCCAUUUGAAAAAGGGCGGAAGAUCAACGAUUUCAGAUGUAGAUCAUGUCAUGUCUUAUCUUGAUCAUAUGUGAUUUUCCUCCACCAACAUCAAAGCUUAUCGAAUCAUCCAAUGAUUGAACUUACAUAAAUCAAGAAUCAUUUUAGCUCAAAAUCACUACCCAUUGUGUGACGGAAGUAGUACCGAUAUUGAUCGAUGUGAUUUAAAUUUCACUGAUCAACUGAUAAUGAAAAGAUUCUCUGGCAGUGAUCUCGUUUUGAUGAGGUUUUGGUCUUUAUUUUCUCAGCCCUGUAUGCUACACUAAGGAAAUAUUAUUCUUUACCUAAAACAAUAAUAUAUCUAUAUCGAUUUUUCCCUCAUAUUUAUAUGGUUUGUCAUACAUAUUGAAUGUAUUGAGAUGAAUUUUAUUUAUUUUGAAUUCGUGACAUGUGACAUAGGGGGAGUGGGGGGUCUUGCAGCGCUGUAUGUAUCAUAUAAAGCUAAACUAUAAUGUUACGUAACGGCUGUGCUUUUUAUGUACUCAAAUAUACGGCUUAAACUCAGCUAAUAAUCGCCAGCUGGCAUUUCAAUAGCUUUUGAGGCUGUUAUUGAGACGAUUUUUGAAAAAUAUACAGCUGUUAAUAGAUAAUACUUAUAUAUGGCUAAUGAAAGCCGAAUUCUGAUUGAUUUAUUACAGAUGAGUAUUCAGAUUGUAGAUAUAAGAAUUUUCGGUGCUAAUAAAAGACUAUUUUACAGACAUUAUUAGUGCUUGCUGGUUGCCUGGGUAUGAUUAAAUUACAGCGUUGAAAAUAGUUUGAACAAUUAAAUUAACACAACCCUUUGAUAACUCCAAUCGCAUAACCUUCAAACCACUCACUCGUCGGUUUUAUUUCUUUGAUGGUUCGUUUAUUUUUUUUCAAUUAGAUUUGUGCUACUGGUAACCUGUUGCUGGUACUGCGAGAACUUUGUGCUCGAUUUAUUGUGACCAUAUGACCCCACCUGAAAUUGCGUGAUUCAAAAUAAAUGCGUGACUAACCACAUAAAUGAGUUUGGUUUUUGAAUAAUCGUUGCGGUUGAAGUAAAAGCAAAACCGUGGAUAAUGGACUAUUCAGAAUUGACGUGAUAGGGUAACCCGAAUCCCUAGGGUUUAGAAUGAAAUGUAAAUCAGGAAUAGUAAAUAGUAUAAUUGGGUUUUGCUUGGAUCAAUAUUUUCAAAAGUGGGUUUAUUAAAAUUCGUUUAGAAGUUCAGUUCGUUGUCAUUUGCUUCGUCGACGCUGAAAUGCAUUUUCUAAUUGUUCAUGACUAAUUAAUGAGUAGUUUAGUUUGGAUUCAAACAUCUACGCUGUAUGUGUUUUUUGUUUAUUUAAGGCAUGGAUGUGUGGUAAUAUCAUAUAACCUGUUGCCAGCAAAUGCGGCUGCUGGCUGGUUCGAAACUCAACCAAACCUAAACAACGACCUCAUCAUUUUGGUUAACCGGAGUGGUGACCGGCACCGGCCCAAAAAAAAAAGAGACCACCAAACCGGACGGACGGUGUUCUGUCAGCAUCCCAAACCAGUUUGAAUAUUUUCGUUCCGCCGAUCAUUACAUCGGUCACAACUAGUAAUCAUCUUCCAGCUUUCCCCAGUCGUGCAUCAAAAUGGGUCGAAAGUCGCAGCGUCGGGCGGUGGUCGGUGAUCUUCUGUAUCGUCACGGCACCGACAGCCGCAGAGAGAUAUCAAGAUCGGUAUUCUCUAGGCACCGAGCGACUGGUAUCUUGCCAAGCCGCCAUUCGACCCAGCUCACCAGAGUCUCGUACCCGCACACUGUGGAACGAGUUGGUUUAGGUACAAUGCGACCGGCGAACGACGGGGAGAAGAACAAUUAUUGUUACUGCGAUUAAGUAGAAAUUGAGUGUGCUGUGACUGGGCCUCCGUGGAGAUGCUCGGCUGUUUGGGCUUGAUUUCCCGCUUUGUACGAUACACGCUCUGUCACACCCCUUCAAAGCGAGAAGUAAGUCUUUUGUUGUGGCUGAACGGUUCUAAUGGUUGCUUCAUUUAUUAAAACCGUUUAGGAUUUAUUUAUUUUUCAAUUAACCAUUGAUUAUUUUGAACACGAUGGGUGUAAAUUAAGAGGUGGGGAAUGAAGUUUUUUGGCUUUGUUCUAGAAGAAUACUGUUAUAUUGCCAUGUGGCUGUUCGUGGCGAGAAGUUAUAAGGGGACUAAAAUUUUGCAGUCUUUUUGCUACACUUACGUGACCUAUGCUUAUUUUCAAAACAAUCUGGGAAGUAAUUAUAAUGAUAGCAUACAAUGUGUUUAAUACUGACAGUGGAUUGAGAUGCCUUUAUGUUAAAAGUAAUACAGCUCACUUGGUUUUGUUUUACUUUUCAAAACUAACUCUGCUGGAUUUAGUUCAAACUAUCUGUCGUAUUCUGUCAAUUAAAAGUGAAAGAUUAUGAAACAUUUUGAAUUAUGAACAGUUCAAAAAUGCAAGCGAGAAUUUUAAAGUUUAUAUUGAUGUUGUGUAAAAAAAUUUAUAUAUCGAGUCGGUAAUGACACUUUUAUGAAGUGAAAUGAUGUUGCACAUAUACAUAGUCGUUGUAAAAUCAAAGCAUUAUAGCACUAUUCAUCUGUGACAAAAAAUAUCAAUUCGAUGAAGUCGAGUGACGAAUGCUUGAGAUUCAACCAGUUUGACGUGAAUAUGAAUCAAAUGUGCAUGACUGAGAUUAGAUGAUUAGCUAUGUAAAUUUCCUAAUAGUUUAUCUCUAAGCUUGCCAAAUUUCGAACGAUGUUCCUAAGCUAAAGUAUGAAUUAAUGACGUCAAUAUUGAUGCUGGUUGCAAAAAAUACUCCUUUUAAAUCUCAUCAUCAUUACAUAUUUUCAUCCAAAAGGCAGAACUAAUACAAGCAAAAAUCCAAAAUUUCUUGAUUGAUUAUUUUACUAGAGAACUGUUCAUUCCCACUUUUCAACUAAACUGCUAUUCAGAAUCAAUAUAUUGAUCCUGAUAAAAGACGAAUAAUUGAACUACUUUUAUGCAAAAAAAUCAAUGAUAAAUAACGACGAAAAUUGCAUGCAGAGGUGCUAAAAAUGCUCCAUACUUUCAUGCGAUUUCUUUCUGUUUGAAACUACCCGAAAACAAAAGCAAUGGAUAUGCAUAUACACCCAAACCUCCAUUUACGAACACUUUUUUUACGUUACCUCUUUUUACGAACCAAAUCCCAAAUAACGUAAUCUUUUUUUACGAACCAAAUCCCAAAUAACGUAAACUUUUUUUACGAACCAACUUCGCAAAAAAAGAGGUUUUUGCAUCCAAUGAAAACAAUUUCCGGCUCCAUGGAAAUUACUACAGUAUGGGUAUUUUCGGAACGGGAUUGAUGAGUAGAUGACGGAAAACGAUGUUUGAAGUGAUUCGGAAAUCCAAGAUGGCGACUUCCGGUUUAUCGAUAUUCAUUAAAAACACUUGCAAUGUGGGUAUUUUCAGAACGAAAUUGACGUGUAGAUGACGGAAAACGAUGUUUGAAGUGGUUUGGAAAUCCAAGAUGGCGACUUCCGGUUUAUCGAUACUCAUUAAAAACACUUGCAAUGUGGGUAUUUUCAGAACGAAAUUGACGUGUAGAUGACGGAAAACGAUGUUUGAAGUGGUUUGGAAACCCAAGAUGGCGACUUCCGGUUUAUCGAUACUCAUUAAAAACACUUGCAAUGUGGGUAUUUUCAGAACGGGAUUGAUGAGUAGAUGACGGAAAACGAUGUUUAAAGUGGUUUGGAAAUCCAAGAUGGCGACUUCCGGCUUAUCGAUAUUCCUUAAAAACCCUUACAAUAUUGGAUUGGAUGAGUAUAUAUUGGGAAAUUUUUUUUUUAUUUAUUUAUUUAUUUAUUAUCAUCGGACAUUUCAGUCUAAAUGAUAAAGCGCUUCAAAACCCAAAAUGGUGAGUUCAGUUGCAUCGGUAGUUUUGACGAUCAUUACUCUAUGAUUAUAUAUCGUUUAAAAAGAUGUUAUGCUUCUGACAACGGUGUUUCCUGCUAAUCAUUGUUGUUUGAAUAUCAAUAGUUAAUUUUGUCACUGCUUUAUUUUAGUUGCAUUACAUUUAUAAAAGUCAAUGUAAAAUAGAAAAUUUCUAAUGGGAUCCAAUUGUAAAAUCAUAGGCGGAGCUACAUAAAAGAAGUACCAUUAUAUUGUUAUUAUGAAUUUUUUUUUAACUAUGACUUGAACGAAUCAAUUUGAAGCGUAUUUUGCACCAAAUCGUUAAAUUCCAUUUUGAUCUGCGAGAGGCAUUCCUUGCUUCAUUUGAAUUUACGCGUAAAAAUGUACCCGGAUGAACUCACGAAUACCAAAUCGAAACGCACCACUUACGAAUAUCACAUCGAAGGAAUUUUUCAUCUUUUUAAGCAAUCCAGUCGAGAAGUCAUUUUUUACAUCUUCAUAGCUACUCAACAAGUGCGUGGAAUAUUGACGACAACGAAUGAUAGCCAGAAGGGGUCAAGUCCGGGGAUUAUUGCCGGUGGAACAAAAGUUUCUGAAAUUCUGUUUUUGAUAGCUUUGCUAUGGGUGUUUGGACGUUGUCUUGCUGCAAAUGAUUUUCUCAAGUCUUGUGGAGCAUUCUGAUAGUUUUUCGAGCAAUUCUGGAUUCAACUUCAUUGUUUACCUUCGAUAGCGAAUCAUAUUUACAGUUUAGCCUAGUUUGAGAAGAUUGUAGUUCUAGAUACCUGCUCAAUUGCAACAAAUACACAGCAUCGCCUUCUUCCAAACGCGAUUAGGUUUUGCAGUUAAUGUCGAUGGUUGGCCAGCAUUAAUCCAUUAUUUUCUGCGCAUGGAAUUUUCAAAAUAAAUCCAACCCAGACAGACUUCAUACAGUUUCAUAAAUAGAAAGUUAAACCAUUUUUCACUUUUCCUGCUCUCUAUCAUUCAGCUCAUGGGGAACCUAUUUUCCUAUCUUCCGAAUCUUUAUUAUGCCGCGCAGACGAUUAGAAAUGGUUUAAAAGUUUACCAGUUUUGUUCGUUUAAUGUUAGCAACUGUACUAUUUAUAGCAAUGGAUAGUUAGAUCACGUCAUAGUUAUUCCUGUUUUAUUGCAUAAUGUUUUGAAAUUCCAACAGCGAACACAAUUGACGCAUCAGAUCCAAUCGUGCCAACAAACUAAACUAAAGUAAUGCCGACAAUAAGAUCAAGGUUUUCGUUUUGCGCUUGUGGGUUGUGUAUUUUUGGGGUUUUGGAAUAAAAUUGCUCCAGUCGCUCAGUACAAUAUUAUAUAACCACGUCGACAGCGAAAACGCUAUAAGAUAACUCGAAAUUCCUUACUUCUAGUGCUGACCUGUUUCAAACUGAAGGGUGUCCUUUUAUUUACUAGCCACCCAUCUGUCCCCUCUUCGCACGCGAUGGUAUUCGCUAGAUUAGGUGGUCAAAAAGCAACUAAAUUAACCUCACCAGAAUACCCAAUAAACAAUUUUCAGCCCAUUAAAUUUGCUUGUCCGGUUCUUUGCACAUUUGCGGGAACAGGCAGAGCUCGGUUCCGUCACUAUCGUAACGUGUAACAAAAGUACCCAUUUUUAUGGUUUUACGUGACAACGACACACGAAAACUUUGUUGAAGGAACGGGCGACUCGGUUUGCACGUCACGUCACCUAGAUGGCACUUCCAGUUGCUAAGUUGCAGCACACCAAACGGAUGCUUGUUUCGAAACGAAGCGGUUUUAUUUCCCGAAAUAAAACGCAAUUUGCGCCCAACACGGGUUGUAGGUGUGAGCGAUCCUUGGACGGAGGGAAGAUUAAUGGCUCGAUUUUUUUUAUCGCUAAAUGCCAAUGAUUCCUUCUCCUGGCACGUGAAAUUCUGACCAAAUACUCGAACUUGAUGGUGAUGUGAAAUAACGAGUUUGUUUUAGUUUUGUGUCGACCAGUCGCAUACCGUAAUUAGUCGAUCAACACCCUUGCGGGUCAAAUAUGACUUCCGUGGAACGUCGAGGUAGCCAACGCACUGCAGAUUAAUGCAUUUGCUUUGCAAACCAUAUCACCUUGAGUGUUGAUUUGAAUUAUUAGCUGCCAUUAUUCAGCACACAAACCUGUCAGUGAAACAGAACUGACCGUACAAGUGCAGCAACAGUCCAGUUUGGUUCACACUGUCUGCGUUGGAAAUUGACGCCCGUGGGUUUGUCCUUCUAGGUGUGACCUCGAAUAUCGAGAACCUGAUUGAUGGCUUUCCGUUUAUUUUAUUAAUUACCAUUGUGUGGCCCGUGAGGGGCUGUAGUGGUUUGAGGGAAUGCUUUGCUUUCGCAAGUGGCUAACAGCUCACAGAGAAAUCAUACAAGUCGCCCGGACUAAGCUCCUUCUAGCGUGAAGGUCCCUGUCUAAGACCACACUCUAAGAAAAAAAUCAAAUUUACGCUUGAAUUAUAUUGAAGUAUGCCGUAAUGUCUUCGGUGAUGACAAAAUAUUACAUCUAUUGACAAAAAAAAAUGUAUCUGUAUCGAAGUAACUUCAGCUAAAUUAACUGUGAAGUUAAAGAUAUGACUAAUCUUUACAUGCUUUGAAUUGUAAAGUUAAGUGAAUUAUAACGCUCCGCUUUAUGUGCAUCUAUGACGACGUAAAUUUACAUGAUUAAUUGCCUUUUGGUUGAUUGGUUGUUUCGCAUUGGUUGUUCCUCUACUUUCGAGAUUGAAUUUCCGAAAUUCAGGAAGAAGCUUGUCCUACACUCUUAGUAAAAAUUAAAAUUAUACAAGGCAUAAUUCCAAACAUGCACUCUCCGAAAAAAUGAAAUUUACGAUUGACGUAAAUUUCCGUAAUUUCUUCGGUGAUGCCAUAAUAGUAUAUCUACUAACAUGUAAAAAUAAAUGUUGCGUCUGUAUCGAUAUAAACUUCAGCUAAAUGAACUGUGAAGUUAAUUUUAUGACUUAUAUUUACAUGCUUUGAAUUGUGAAUGUAAGUGAACCGCGAUGCUCCGUUUAUGUGCAUCUAUUAAGAUGUAAAUUUUUCUAAGCGUGUGCCGUAUUUUAGGAACUGAAGUCUUGACAUCACAUCAAUUAGCAUUUCAAUUUGAAUUUUCUGUCUUCGUCGACGUUCCAAUUCAAGUCAAUUAGGUGUGAAAUUGUGACGCUCCUUUUGUGUGCAUCGAUCGGAACGUAAAUUUACAUGAUUUUUUCGUGCUUUAUACCUACAUUAAAUGAGUGAAAACCUGUAUUAUUUCUAAUAAUACGUACUAAUAAUAUCUAAACUAGUGCGUUUUAUGUAACAUUUACCAACAUCUCAAAUUCCAAACACUAGUGCUAGCAUACUUCGAGGGGUGUACCAAUUUACUUUUUCUUUGGUAUGUUGGUUGAAAUCAUGUCCUUGGGUUCAUCUGGGCGUUGUUAGCGGUUCACCUCUACAUAGCUUUUGUUCCGUAAAAAGCAAGAUGCCAAAUCCUACAAAAAAACGGAACGUAACAAUUCCAUUGGUUGAGGAAAGGCAGCAGUGGUUUUUCUCGGCACUCCUUAACAUAUUUUUUUUUGGUUGAUGGUCCCGGUUGUAAUGUAAAGUAGAAUAAGCUGAGAUUCGGGUAUUUAUAGCCAAAACCCGACCCGAACCCGACGAGUACGACCCGUUUGGGUUUGGGUUCGAAAGAACGGGCACUGGUGACGAUUUGUUAAUUUUUUUUCUCGGAUACACUCGGAUACUCGGAUUUUCUCUUCAAGCUACAGAAACAAAUGUUAUGAACUUAGACCGCCUAAUGAGUUUUACCUUUCCUUUCCUCAAUCUCUUUCACCGUUUCUCUUCCAGUUGCCGUAAACUUCGUCUUUGACAGUACGGCUCAUUUCUAUUCUCCGUGCAUCGGUUGUAUACAACACGUUUCGGACGGAGAGGUUUGGGCUCCACUUGAAACAGUUGGCCAUAUGGUGGCUUACGGCUCUCCCUGUUGCCCAGAUUCAGUGCACUUGGCCUUCGAGAAACGUUUUCCGAAUACGUUUAUUACGUAGGUGACAGUUGAUUUGGCCUCAUUAAUCUAUUCCAUUGCCAACUUAUUGUACGAGUAGCUCGGAUAUUCGCAAUGUGCGAGCAAAAAUUUGGCUUGAUGCUUUUUUUGCUUCAAUGCCGCUUUCACAACUGAAAAAAAUGUCAAAAUUGAAAACCAAAUGUGAAAUCAUAGAUGUAGAAAUUUUUCUUAGGAACGAUGAAUAAUAUUCUUUAAGUUGAAGUUUGGUUUCUGGACGCAACAUGUUGUGGGUAUUUCCGAUGAAUAUUGUCCACUGUCGUCAUUGCAGUACUUUUCGUACCCUUUUGAGUAAUUUUUGAAACACUAACAUUUAUCUAUAUCAGUCACCAUUAUCUGUCUCACCGAUCUGAUGAUGGUGAACAUUCUAGUUUACUGUCAAAACGAAGAGUUGUACCAUCAGCUUUAGAAGUUAUUAAGGAAUAUACUCUCAAAACUUUAUUUGCGCAGCUAUAAUCGGAGUUAGAAGCUUUGCGACGUAAGUAUUUAAAGCAUUUAACGGUUCAGAGUCAUAUUGUAUCAAUAAAUUUGUUGAAUUGCAAUUGAUUACUUUCAUUUGAAUAAGUCUACCAUAUCAAAGAACUAAACCGAUAUUAUGAUUGUGUAACCUCAUUUUGCACCAAAUGUUGCCCCGAUCGUAAACCUGAUUCGUCAAGGUAAAUCAUCUGGGCCGCGAUUCCAUUCAUUGGUGAGAAUCAAAGCUAGAAAUCUUAAAUUGAGCAUGGCGGAUUCAAUAUGCAAGCUUCGCUCUCCCUAUCGUUUAGGUUCAAUUAAAGCCUCGAGCACUCGAGUCAAUUUACGGAAUUAUUCGCUUCAUAAAAAUCUCAAGAAGUCAACCUCAAGAAUGACUUACAGUUAUUAACCGCCGGUCGGAAGGCCGGUCAGUCAGCGCUCAAUUUCAAUUGCGGGUGUGUUCACCAUCGGCUCCAUAGCCAUCGUCAACGCGCUAUAAAAUUCAAUUAAAAUCAAUCAACACAUUCUAGCUCGUUGAGCAGUACGUCUAUUUUCCGAAUGAGUGUAAAUACAAAAUCGGUCCGAACUUGGCAUCGGCUGAGAAAGGGACACACCGUUCAACCUAUCAACCUAAAUGAAUUAGAUAAUGAGCCGCUCCAAUCAAGUGGAAGCACAAAAACUGGUCAUUAAAAUCACUAAAUAUAAUAAAUUACUACUUAGUCACACCCAUACUCGAACAAAAAGCCGACACCGUAGACAAUAGUGAAAUUUGAUAAGACUUUAGACGUGAUCGCUAGCUCUUUAAAAUAAAUCUAGAAAACGGCUGUCUGUCAUUAAGUAUCAUCUGCCCUAGUAAUGUCAGCCGUCAAUACGGAAAUGUAGUAGUGGCUCAGCCAUAGGAAUAUAGACAUCUUUACCUUUUCAUUUAGUUCAAACAGCGUCCGAAAAUCGAACCGUACAAAAAUUACACCUAGCCCCCAUCCCCCUCAGAACAUUCAGUACAUGAAAGUCGAAUGAAAGAGAGAGCAUAAGGCAGAGAAUUACACGCAUAAAAAAUAACUGUGAGUAAUAAUUUCUCGGUUUCAAUGAAACAAAUAUAAUGCAAAUUUAGUUUAUUAGAGUUAUUAAUCGUUUGACGUUUUUUAAAUAAAUGUGUAAGUUGAACAGAACAAACUACAACCGCACACAAAACAAAAACAUACGAAAUAGAAAAAAAAAUUAAAAGUCUACAGAAUAAACCCAAAUUGAAAUCAAAGAAAAUUCGCAUGUCUAUUUCACGUACAAUGUCAACAUGGUUAGUCACCGAAAGCUGUUUUAAUUGGUAAAGAUUAGAAACUUUCGUCACCAUUUUGACUGCAUUGAAAUUCAAAACAUGAUUCGCAGAUUUGUGUAGAAACAUAAGCACCGCCAUCUAUGGCGCAGCAUUUUAAACCUAUAAAUAUUUGUAAAUGUGAAUAUAUUGUAUAUUGUACAAAGACAAGUGAACAAAUUAUGUAUAACUAUAGGCAUUUGAAAUAUUCUUUAUUUUAUGAAUGAUGAAAAAUAAUAAUUUUUCGAAAAUUUAAA